AUGGAGACCCACACCGAUACAGACGUCGAGUCCCACAGGGAGAAGCAUCUCAAAGACACCGUUAACGAGCUCCCCGAGGUGUCGCCUUCGAUUUCUUCCGAAAGCGACAAGCCACUCCCACCGUUGUAUUGGAAGUUCAUUGCCGUCAUCCUUAUCUCGUGUAUCAGCUUCGGUUCAUCAUGGAGUUCAGGCAUCACUGGAGCCCUCAAGUCGACGCUCAAGAAGGAGCUAGACAUCAACAACAAGCAGUUCUCGCUUUUGGAAGCGAGUGAGGAUUUCAUGGUCACUUUGCUUAUUUUGACGAGCGGUAUUGUGACGGACAGGAUCGGAGGAGCUGGUGCUAUGUUGUAUGGCAACAUCAUUUACUCGAUCGGCUCCAUUCUUGUUGCUGCCGCUGCCCAGAUUCGCUCUUUUAAGCUCAUGAUCGGUGGCCGAGUUAUCCUCGCUCUCGGAGACAUCGCCACCCAAGUUGCGCAGUACAAGGUAUUCAGCUCUUGGUUUUCUCCCAACAACGGAUUCGCUUCGACGCUCGGUCUUGAACUUGGUAUCAAGAAGAUUGGAGGUUUCGUCGGCAAGUCCUCGGCCAACAUCAUCGCUAAGAAUACCGGCAAUUUUGCCUGGGUCUUCUGGAUCUCUGUCUUCAUGAACAUCUUCACCAACAUCCUGACUCUGGUUUUCUACCGUUUCAACACCGUCGCUCACAAGAAGUUGGGCAAUGUCAGAGACCCAGCCACCGGCGAGAAACUGACUGAAAAGUCCAAGAAGUUCCAGCACAAGAAGAUCCUCGAAUUGCCUUGGGUUUUCUGGGCUGUAAUGGCAUUUUCUCUGUUUCAGACGAGCACUGCAGUCGUUUUCACCCAGAAUGCCACAGAGCUGGCUGAGAAGAGAUUCAAGAUCAGUUCUGUCACCGCGGGUUGGUACUCUGCGACUCUGCAGUACGCCGGUUUCUUCCUGGUGCCUUGUAUCGGUGCUUUCAUCGAUAUUUUGGGCAACCGCGUUACGUUGCUCGCUAUUUGCGGUACGGGAGUCUUCUUGGCCAUGGCUCUGGUCAACUGGGCGCCGGACAGGGCCGGAACUGCUGCUGCUUUCGGAAUUUAUGCAAUUUCAUCUACGCUUGGCCCUACUACCAUCAUUGACAGCAUCCGUACGUCGAUGUGGCAUGGGUCUGUGUUUGGCUCUGCCUAUGCCGUUAAAAUUGCUAUGAACAACGCGAUGAACAUCAUUGUUCGCGUAGUUACCGGUGCGAUUCAGGAUGCGGAUAAUGACAGCUACGAUCACGUUGUCAUUGUCUACGUCAUCCUGGCUGCCGCAUCUGUGCUGGUCUCCGUAAUGCUAAUAUUGCUCUCCUGGUGGUCCGUUGACUUGGGCAACUUGCAGUGGACUAGGAAGAAGCGCAUUGCGAAUGGCGAAUUGUGGAAUGAAAGAAAGAGGGCCUUCCAUGAAGAGAAUGGGGCACGUAACAAACUGAUCUCCAAGGUCUGCUUCGGCGCUUUGAUUCUGUUGAUUCUUGGUGCUUGGGCAGCCUACUUCUGGGGUGUUGCCACUGGUAACAACUCAUGA